GAGCAUCUUAAUCUUAUGAGGGCGCCACGUGAUAGUUAAACAAAGGAUAGAUAAGUGAAAGAAAAGAAAAUCACUAUCCAUGUAGAGUUUAAAAUUUACUUGACACCCGAUACUGAAAUUAAAUGCAUCUUAUGCAUUGCGCUUUAAAAGAGACAAAGGUAAUUUGAAAUGUGUCACCGCAGCGCAGUGUAUUCUCCGAAAAACUUUCCCCGGCGCAACAGUCGCGGCGACCUCUCGCAGGGGCGACCGACGAUAUGCGAAACGCCUCCUGUGGCGAAGCCAUAGUGCCCUCUCCCUCUACUGCCGCUCGUAACCCUCGCUUAUACAUUAAAACCGUGAUGGAGUGAAGGGUGUACUCUGAACGAAUUUUGUAUAUUUAUUAAAUAUUGCGCGUUAAAUCGUAGUGUUUAUUAUAUUAAGUGGUUUCCCAUACAAGUGCUAGCUAUCGUAGUUGUUAACGCUCGUAAAAUCAUCACUGAACUUACGACUGGUUCAUAUUUUGGAGACGAAAAACGGCGCCCGAUGUAGCGCGCCGUUUCCAUAUCGAUUUUCUCCUUUGCUGCAUUAUAUUACUCUUUAUAUUGUGAAUGCGGUCUGCAAAUAAUUUAUUGGCACCAUGCGUUAUUCGCUCGGGAAUUUUAUAAUAUUAUCGUAAUUAAGUGCUUGAAGUAGAAGCUAGAUACUAUAACAAAUAUACACCGGCAAGUACAAAAUGAGAAGCAAUAAUUUAGUAUCCAGUGUUAGAUAAUUCAGUGUAACGGGAGCCUCGCCAAUGGUCGUGUCGCCACAGUUUUGGGAAUGGUUCAACGUUUGGCUCGCUCAAUUUCUGAAAAGUUUGUAUCAUGAAAUUAAGAUGGUCGCGAUAAGAGGUAACACUUCGUAUGGAAAUUUGCCACUUGGUUGUGGAUACCCUGGAGGGCAGCAAACCAUUGACAUCUCACAGAAUCUCCAGACGGCGCUGAAUAUGCCCCACGCCGUGGCACAUACAGUAGCUACGCCCCGCCACCACCUAGCGGCACCACACACCGCUCCCGGAGCCAGUCUCAACCACCUGGGGCACAACCAACAGCGCACCAACCGCAUGAACCCCACUGUAAACCAUGUUAAUCAUGCCACACCCGACCAUCAAAGUCAGAAACAUAUCAACCAGAUGAACCACGCGAACCAUUUGAAGUCAAUGAGCCAAAUUCGUCAUUCCAAUUACAAUCAAGGGACUGCUAGGAACCAGACUCACAAUGGGCACAAGUUAAAUAGCAAUAUGACCCAUGUGGGGCACAUGAACCAUCCCAACCACGGAAUGCAGUUGAACCAUAGCCAAAUGGCUCACAAGCAGGUGCAGUCGCCAGCUAAGCAGCAACCCAUUCUUCAUUCUAAAGUAAAUCGUCCUUCGCAGUACCGGGUCGGAUCUCAAUCCAUGUCUAUACCAGGAUCCGGGGCGGAGUGUUACCACCCUGGUGGCGCGGCUGGUCCAUCAUACAUGACCGGCGGUAACGCAGCUGCCCCCGCUCCGACUAUGAGAGGCCCGUCGACACCACAGCCUUCCGCGCCGCCGCAGCCUGAGAUGACGAAGAACAAUAUGGGCCAUAAUUAUGUGUCACCGCCGAACGCAACGGCUACAGCGAGGCCACAGUAUUCCAACUUCCAGUAUAGAGCUGCUCAGCACUCCACAAGACCAGCAACCCAUAACAGGCAGCAGCAGCCUUAUAUGCCAGGGUCGGCGGGUACGACUGGUGGACCGGUGAUGUACCAUCCAACAUUGUUAUUCCCAACUGCUCACAUGUCAAUACCUCAGGGCUAUCAGCCUCGAUCCACGAAUCCUGGAUACUAUCAAUAUAUGUCAUACGUAUACCCCAACACAAAUCCAAGCCACACAUCGCCUUUGACUUACUCACCAGACUACUAUAACGGUCAAGGUGUUGGGAGUAACGCAGCUCGUCCACCAGGUCCGCUAGUGCCUCCGGCACAUCAGCCCCAACAACAAUCCCAUAUGCCCUUACCUGGUAUGCGUCUUCCACCCGCAAAACGUACCUCGCGCCGGGUGCCAAUAAUUAACCCAGUGACUAGACAAGAUAUAUUUACUGAAGAUUUAUUUGCAACUGAAAAUGUGAGUGAGAAUUCGAGUGAAAGGCAGACGCCUCUAGCGCAGGACAACUCUCAGAGUAUCGUGGAAGAGUUCACACGGAUGGUUAGUAAAGCUGCCAACGAGCCAUCUAGCGGCGAGACUGCCAAAACAAACCAUGUACCAAAAUGUAACGAAGUGCCUGCUAUGGCCAGCCCCGAGCAACCUCAAAACGCAAUAAGUACUAAUAAUAAUGUAAAGUCUGAUUUAGUUAACGAUAAUAUAGGAUCCGAUGUGGAAGUUGAAACGCCCAUCGUGUCGGCGAUAUCCGACAGUCCUGUUAUAGUGCCUAAAAUGACAUAUACGAAACACCAAAAGAUUAGUGAAAACACAAUUGUAAUAGAUAAUAAACAGAAACCGAAAGCAAAACAACCAAAUGUGCCUCACAACGAAACCGAUAAGCAGUCGGAUGUAGUGGCCCUCACUACGGAUAUGUUACCCCCUCAACCCCAAAGGAUCAGAGAACCCAGAGUCAAGGCUUCGGAGGAGAAAGAGAAGCCGCAGGAGGAGUCUAACAUGAAUGGCCCUAUUUGUAACUUUCUAUCGGAACCUGUCAAUACUAGUCACAUAGUUGAAACUAAGUUAGAUACACAAAAUGAAGUGAAACAGGAGACAACAUUUGAGACUGAAACUGAAACUUCUAAACAAGUUGAACUCAUAGUUAAUACUGAAGAGACAUUCCCUAUAUUACAAUCGCCUACUGCCUCUCAAUUAUUGUCUAGUAUUGAAAAAGUAGCUCAAGAAUAUGUGUCAUGCCCUGGAACUCCUGAAGAAGAGAACAGUGUAUGUCUCGCCCAAGCCAAGCUCACACAGAGCAUAGUGAGUGCUGCUAGAAAUAACCUUGAAACUAUAAUGAAAGAUAUAAAUCUCAAUAAUACAUCACCAGAUCCUGAUACUGCAAAUGGAAAUAUUACUGAGAUAGCUGAGACUGUAAAAGAAGACAUGCAUAAAAAUGAGAAACCCGCAAAGGCAUCUAAAAAGAAGCAAAAAAAUGCAAGUGUGGAAGUAAACAAGAAUUCUGGCACUGAGCCUAGUGCCAAAGAGACUUGUACAAAUGGAAGAGAUGAGACUGAUAAUUUAAAUGUAGUAGAAUCAGAUGUUAUUCCAUUGUCUGAACCUGUGACGCCUGAACUGACUAAACCAGCAGUGCCUGUAUUUACACUCAAACAUAAAUACAGUGAAGAUCAAUGGUCCCCUUUUAAUCCUAAUGGAAAGAAAACUUAUGAUAUAACACUACUAAAGCAGAUGAGAGAUGAUCCGUUGUGCAAGAACAAACCAAAUUCACCACUGCUCGAGGCUUGCAAUCUUCUACGGACAGUGCAAAUGGACACAAUUAUGUCAUUCAAUCAUAUUCAUAGACCAGCGAAUGACUCCCUAUUCCCCACAUUCCUUAAGACUAUGAGUCCCGGUAACAUGAGAAGUCCUAUUCUUCGCGAUAACAAGAAAGACACUAGAAAUGUAGGAGCACCCCCAGAUCGUAUCUUAGGAAAAGGAAGCAUGAAACUUAGUUCACCAUCCAGCAACAGCGGGGGAAGAAAUAUAUAUAUUUCUCUCCGUGAAGAAGUGAAACUGAAUGAGAGUAAAGAUGCUUGGAAACCAACUCGACUAAAGAAAGAGAGUUUGAAUGAACAGGAGUUGAAAACUCAGGAGCUGUACAAGAAGUUCCGUGGUAUACUCAACAAAUUGACGCCGCAGAAGUUUGAUACUUUGGUUGACAAAGUGAAGUCACUCGAAAUUGACACACAAGAGCGUCUCGAAGGCGUCAUAGAUCUCGUUUUCGAGAAGGCUAUUGAUGAGCCGAACUUUUCCGAAGCAUAUGCCGCUAUGUGUAACAAGCUUUCGACAUUAAAGGUACCGUCAACAAAUUCACCCGAACAAUGUGUAAACUUCCGUGCGAUGAUAAUUAGCAAAUGUCAAAAUCAAUUUAUCAAAGAGAAGACGGACGAGCACGUUCUCAAACUUGAGGCAGAGAUAGCAGAGUCCAAUGACGCCGCAAAGAAAAGGGAGCUGCAUUUACAACUCGCAGAAGUUCAACGCCGAAUUCGCAUGCGGUCAGUUGGAAAUGUCCGGUUUAUUGGUGAAUUAUACAAGCUAAAAAUAUUGAUAUCGAAAAUUAUGGUUUAUUGUAUGAAUUAUCUGAUCGAUAAGCCGGAAGAGGAAAAACUCGAAUGUCUCUGUAAGCUUCUGACCACUAUCGGGGAGCAAGUGGAGGGUGAGGUGAAGGAUCAGCUUGACACCAUAAUGGACAAAAUGCAAGACAUUGUUAAUGAUCGCAAGAGUAAUAAGAUUAGCAGUCGUGUGCGGUUUAUGAUACAGGAUGUAAUUGAACUAAGAAGACGAAAAUGGGUAGCCAAGAAUGUUAUUGAUUCGCAACCCAAGAUGAUGGACCAGAUUCAGAAGGAGGCUGAACAACAACAGAGACAUAUUGAGUUGAUGAAUUCGCCCAUCGGUGGUGGAUUCCGACGUGAUGACAGCGGCAGUGGAAGAAAACGUGGGGGCGAGGGCCGAAGGCAGGGCAAUAACUUUAUGGAUAAUACGUGGAAGACUACAGCGACGAGAACCAGCUAUGUUGUUGACACAACCAAAUUGAAGGCCAUGCCGCCGCAAAAGAACUUAAGUACUAUUAAAUUGGCUCCUCACAACAUCGCAUGGAACCAAGGAUCGGGAGCAAAGACACAAACAGUGGCACCUGUCAAGAAUAUGUACAGUAUUCUAGAGAAUGUACAGGUUGACCCGACUACACUGAGAGGUAACAAGGAACUUUCACCGGCCGCUUAUCAACAAUCAAAGUCAAUAGAGAGAUCCACCUUCAAUACUCGCUCUGAUUUCACAACCGGCGGUCGCUCCGGUUCCACUGGAGGGGUUAGGCCCACGUCUACGCCUUCGCCCUCGCUGCAGUCCGAAGCACCGCCGAUGCCCGCCCGACCUACGCCCCCGCCUGCCGUUCAAGAACCUCUUCCAGAGGACCGAAGAAAGUUCAUCAAGCAGCUGGUCGACCUGUGUAUCAUGAACCUUGACAAUAACGAACUAGCCGAAGAGAUCAAGCUCUUCGGUCCACAGCACCACGCGGCAGUGAUAACGGAAAUACUUAAUGUUGCGCUCGAGAAGAACGCUAAAGAUAUUUCAAUUCUGGCAAAAUCAGUGGCGCACGUAGUCAGUUGUGGGGCAAUUUCCAGAGAUAAUUUAAUGACUGGAAUGGCAGAAAUAUUCGAAUGCGGUCCAGAUCUAUAUAUAGACAUACCGAUGCUAUACUCGUACUUAGGAAAAUUUAUCGCUCCCCAUAUAGAAAAGAAACACGUUACAUUUGACCAGGUUCACAAGGCUUCCGACAGCCUGAUUUCAGUGAAUCAUGGUCACUUAUUUCUAAAAGCUGUCAUAGCUGAGCUUAAGGAAAGUAUGGGCAAAACAUUCACUAAGACCAAGUGGCUGGAAUCUGGUUUACAAUUGCAACAAUGGAUGAAUUCCGACAUGAUACCGAAGUGGAUGUCGGACAACCACUUUGAGUUUCUCGAGAGCUCGGACGAUUCAGAGAUAUGUAUCGAAGACACGAAACGGAUCAUGACGCCCUGUGAGAUGCAGAGCAAGUUGCUUCAACUAAUGAAUAGCGAUGAGAGCUGCGAUUGCCUUAGAGGAUGGGUUAAGGACAACAUUGGCGCCUCCACCGGCGAAGAGUGGUUCUUACGUUGUCUCACGCAAGCGAUAUGCGAACACGCCCUCUUCGGCCCCGAGCGAACUCCGACGCCGCAUUUGAGCCACGAUCGCAUGAAUAAGUAUUCGCCCUUGAUUGGAGAUUAUGGAGACUCGCAGGCACAACGCGAAGCGGCUUGCCUCUUUGGUAUUCAACAGCUCAUUCACCGGCUGGAACACCCUCAAGGCUUAACAUUAGACAUUUUCCAAUAUCUACAUGAGCAAUACGUAAUAUCUGUGGAUGGAUUUAUUGCAUGGGAGACUUCAGAGAUGGAGCCGGAGGGAAAAGCGGUUAUGCUUAAAGCUUUGACAUCUUUCUUCACGAGCAUAAGGGAGGCGGACAACGAAGACUCGUGUUCCGAAGCCUGACAGGCCGCACCCCUCGCCCCCCCCGCGUUGCCGCCGGAUCGCUAUAGAGAUAUUGUAUCAAUACAUAGGUUAAAAAUCUUAUUUUACAAUUUAAAGAAUAUUAGUUAAAAUUAAUAUAUUUAUUUAUAAUUAACGGCGCGGAUCUAUCGUCUCAAAUAUUAUCAUUCUAUAGAGAUAACGAAUCGUAUACAGAAUAUAUGUCGCGUAAAUAUGGUAUAUAAAUUUUUAUAUGGACAUUUCAACUCGGGUGAGGUGAAAAGGUUUUCGAUUUGAGAACUCGACCCGGUUCAUUAGUGAGAUUUAUAACGUGAUUACGCUUGUUACUAGCUUAUGUAUGAAGUUUGAUAAUCAGGGUUUUUGUUAUAAUCGAUGCGGCAUUCCUAUUAGCCCGUUGGCCCUGUUUGACGAUGGAAAAAUUCGUUGUUAGUAAUGAUUUCUAUAAUCGUAAGUACGCCGACGCCACCCUCAUUUGACCUAUUGUGAGAUCGGAAGAGGAGAGAGAGAGGAGCGGCCGGCGAAUUGGCUAAACGUAGGCCGACUGCUUUGUAUAAUUAUAGAGUAACACGUGUUAGUCAUAUUUUAGUUUAAUCACUUUAAGCCGAAUCAAUCUUGACGAAUGGACUACACUAAAUUUGAUAUUUUAUUUGGUAGGUGUUUCGUUAAAAAUUAUACCAUCAAGAUUGAUGCUAGAUAUGAUAUAAAAAUAAAAUUAAAAAAAAAAUAGAUUUAGUACAGUGAUACUUGAUUUGUGGGAUUUUUUUAAAUCUUGAAAUUUUGACAUCCCGUGAUUUAUAAUAAUAUAGCCGGCUCGAUUCGGGUCAACGAGACGGCUGUAAUUAUAAUAGGAUCGAUUGGAAGUGGGUGCAAAUAGACCACCCCCGAUUGAACGAGUUUUCACUGUACCAUAUAAUUUUAGUAUAUAAUGAAAUUAAAAUAUUUUUCAACUUUUUUUUAUCAUUUAUUCAGUACAGACGCUCGGAAUUGGACGCUUGUGGUCUUCCACACUAGCGCUGUAGCGAACGUUCCCUAGGGUCGCUCAUGUGGGGAAACCCCCGUCUCCCACAGCGCUAAAAUGUAUAUAGUAACGAUUAUUGCUGUAGCAAAUAUUUACUUUUUAUUGGUAAAGUUUCAAAAUAUGUAUCGCGUGCCUGCGACUAAACAUUGUUAAAAUGUAAAAAUAAACAUUCUACUUUUUUGA